AUGGAGUGCAGUGACACAACAUUAACUUCAUCGUCUCUUUCGCAUUCUCCUCCUCGACAAUCUCUAGUGAUGAGCCCUUGUGCUGCUUGCAAGAUUUUACGCCGAAGAUGUGUUGAAAAAUGUGUUUUGGCGCCUUAUUUUCCUCCAAACGAUCCACUUAAAUUCACCACUGCUCAUCGCGUGUUUGGUGCGAGCAACAUAAUCAAGUUCUUGCAGGAAUUGCCCGAGUACCAAAGAGCCGAUGCUGUGAGUACCAUGGUUUACGAAGCGAAUGCCAGGCUUAGGGAUCCUGUAUACGGAUGUGCCGGGGCAAUUUGCCACCUCCAAAAGCAAGUAAAUGAGCUCGAAGAACAAUUAGCAAAAGCAAAAGCAGAAAUUUUGAACAUGCAUUGCCAACAAACAAAUCUUAUGGCACUCAUUUGGAUGGAAAUGGCACAAUCUUCACCAAUGUCUUCUUCGGAACAAUCCUUGGACAACAUCAUUAACUUCCAAGAUGAAAACAACCUAGAAUACUUAUGGGAACAACCCCUUUGGACAUGA